AUGGCCGGAAUUGUCAACAAGGAGUUUCCUGAGUUGGCCCAGACAGGGCUAAACUACCUGUCAUGGUCCUCGGAUUGCGAGAUCUUUCUCCAGGGCAAAACCCUCCUGAGGGCGAUCGGAAAGGGGGGCCAGCUGGCCGUCACUGAUCCCAAGUUCGAAAUUGAGAAUGCGCAGGCUCUGCACUUUCUCCGUCAUCACCUGUCACCUACUCUGAAAGAUGAGGAUAUGGCUGAGCGCAGUGCUUCUGGCCUUUGGACCACUCUUAAGCAGCGGUUUGAGCGGCUGAAGUACACUGUGAAGCCACGUGCAGAGGCAGAGUGGAUCCGUCUGAGGUUUGCGGACUUCAAGACGGUUGGGGAGUACAAUUCGGCUCUGCACCGGAUUUGUACGACUCUUCGGUUGUGUGGUACUGAGAUUACCGACUCCCAGAAGAUUGAGAAAACCCUAUCCCCACUUUCCACCCCGACGCGGUCCAGUCCUCACGGAACUACCGCCAGGGGAACUACACGAGGAGGUGAACGCUCUCAAAGUCCACAAGCCUCAACAGAAGAAGAGGGGCCGGAAGGGCAAGAAGAAGGGCCCUCACCCCCCGCCCCGGCUAAGCAGAACAAGCCGGGCAAGGGAGGGCAAAGGCCUCAGGACUGCUUCCGUUGUGGCUCGGUGGAGCAUUUCUCCCGCCAGUGCCGCGCACCACAGGAGGUCGUUGAUGCAUAUAAAUCUCGGAAGGCGCGUGAGAUGCACCUCGCCUUGGUUCAGGAGGGAGCUCCACCGGCGCCCAUGGCGGCACCCGUGAUGAUCGCUACUCCCCCUGCUGCGCCCAUAGAGGCGACCCCCGUGGUGCCCAUCGCGGCAGCUUUGGCGGUCUCUACCGACGCCCACGUCACCAUGGAGGUUGACCACAUGGCCGCCUCGGCGGCGCCGCCACUAGACAUUGAUGCUGCCUCCAAGAUGAUUUCUAAGGAGGAUCAGCUCACUAGUAUGGAGAUUGCGGCGGAAGUGAAUGGCUUCUUCACCGAGUCCACUUAG